UGGCAGCUUCUCCUCCUGCAGCCAGAGCGGCCCGCCUGCCUCCCCACCGCCUCGGCCACCCCCGCUGCCUCCCCAGGGUUCCCCUCCGGCCGCCAGCGCCCAUCUUUCAUUCCUGGGAGAUAUUUUGCGCACACACACAUACACACACGCGCAAAAAGGAAAAAAAAAAAAAAAAAAAAUCCCACCCUCCAGCCUCGUUGCAAAGAGAAAGCCGGAGCAGCCGCAGCUCGCAGCCCGCAGAGGACGCCCAGAGCUGCAAGCCGGCGGGCCGACCGACCCACCGACUCGCGCGGAGUCCACCUGUCGGCCCGGCCAGGCAGAGCGCGCAGCUGGAACGCCGCGCGCGCGGAGCAGCCGUGCCCGCCGCCCGGGCCCCGCGCCAGGGCGCACACGCUCCCGCACCCCCACCCGGCCCGGGCGGGAGUUUGCACCUCUCCCUGCCCGGGUGCUCAAGCCGCCGCCGCAGAGCCAACUUUGGAAAAAGUUUUUUUGGGAGACUCGGGCUUCGAGGUGCCCAGCCAGGCGCUUUCUGAUUUGGAGGACCUUUCCAGAAAAUGUUGCAAAAAAACUAAGCCAGCGGGCAGAGGAGAACGCCUUUAGCAGGCGGGUGAAGACGAGCCACCGACUGCCGCGUUCCUUUUCCUCUCGGAGGUUGGAGUCCCCUGCGCGCCCCCACACGGCUAGACGCCUCGGCUGGUUCGCGACGCAGCCCCCCGGCCGUGGAUGCUCGCGCGGGCUCGGGAUCCGCCCAGGUAGCGGCCUCGGACCCUGGUCCCGUGCCCAGGUCCUCCCCAGCCCCCCAGCGACGGAGCCGGGGCCGGGGGCGGCGGCGCCCGGGGGCCAUGCGGGUGAGCCACGGCGGCGGCUGCAGCGGCCUGAGCUCCUGAUCGCGGCGGACCCGAGCCGAACCCACCCUCCUGCCCAGCCCCCGCCCUGGCCGCGGGGGCGGCGCGCUCCGUCUACGCGUCCGGGGCCCCGCGGGGCCGGGCCGGGAGUCGGCAUGAAUCGCUGCUGGGCGCUCUUCCUGUCUCUCUGCUGCUACCUGCGUCUGGUCAGCGCCGAGGGGGACCCAAUUCCCGAAGAACUCUACGAGAUGCUGAGCGACCGCUCCAUCCGCUCCUUCGAGGACCUCCAGCGCCUGCUGCACAGUGGCUCUGCGGAUGACGACGGGGCCGAGCUGGACCUCAACGUGACCCGGACUCACCCCGGAGGCGAGCCAGAAAGCCCUUCUCGUGGGAGGAGGAGCCUGGGGCCCCUGGCUGCGGCGGAGCCGGCCGUGAUCGCCGAGUGCAAAACGCGCACGGAGGUGUUCGAGAUCUCGCGGCGCCUGCUUGACCGCACCAACGCCAACUUCCUGGUGUGGCCGCCCUGCGUGGAGGUGCAGCGCUGCUCCGGCUGCUGCAACAGCCGCAACGUGCGCUGCCGCCCGGCACAGGUGCAGCUGCGGCCCGUGCAGGUGAGGAAGAUCGAGAUCGUGCGGAAGAAGCCGACCUUUAAGAAGGCCACGGUGACCUUGGAGGACCACCUGACCUGCAAGUGUGAGACAGUGGGGUCUGCGCGGCCUGUCACCCGGAGCCCGGCAGGUUCCCAGGAGCAGCGAGCCCGGACGCCCCAAACUCCGGUGACCAUUCGGACGGUGCGAGUCCGCAGACCCCCCAAGGGGAAGCACCGGAAGUUCAAGCACACGCAUGACAAGACGGCGCUGAAGGAGACCCUGGGGGCCUAGGGCCGCGGAGGCGCGUGGGCAGGGUUAUUUAAUAGGGUAUUUGCUGUAUCGCCCCCAUGGGGUCCUUGGAGUGAUAACGUCGUCCCCUCGUCCGUCUGUCUCGAUGCCUGAUUCGGACGGCCAAUGGUGCUUCCCCCGCCCUCCGCGCCCGGCCUCCCUCCUCCAGCGGCUCCCCAGCGGCCUCCAGCGCCCUGCCCACCGCUCGAGAAGGAAACCGGGACCGAGCUCACUGCUUCUUCCUCCCUCGGCCCACGGACCUGGGACAGGAGUGCGAGAGACGAAGGGGACGGGGCUCCCGCCCCCACCCCAGGGCUGUGCACUGGCCCCGGAAGCCCUGCCCGAGGCCCUCAGGACCUGGUCCCUGGACCCCUGGCCAGCUCCGGGGGACACCUCUAGGUGGCCAAGACCACGUGGGGGGCACAGACUGGAGAAACUGCCGCCAUCUCCCCUCUGGCCGACUCCGCUCACAGUGGCUUCUUUUCACUUAUACAUAUGAAAUCUUCAGAGGUGUGGACUCCUGGGCAGGUGGCCGAGUGUCCUCUGGCAGGUUAGAGAUGAGGUUCUCUCUCCAGGUGAGCAUAGACAGCCACCUGAGCACCCCCGCCUCUUCCCAUCUCUCCCCCUCUAUGCCACCCCGAUUCACUACCUUUUCUGUUUCAUCUCGCUACCUCUACCCUGGGUCUUCCUCUUGUCCUGGCCCUUUAGUCUGUUCUACCAAGGGGUUCUUGGACCCCAAAUGGUUCUGGGGCCCCAAAUGACCCCAAUCACUCUUCCCAAUGGCAGAAGGCCAGAGACCAGGGCAGCAGGAGACAUGCCCAUCAUAUUCCAACCCAGCCAAGACUGCCAUAUAAGGUUGUUCAGGGUGUGCACUGCACAAGGGCACUGCAUGCAAGGGAGCGUUCUUCACACCCUAGAUACGGCCGAUUGUCUAUUUAUUAACACAGUUUCUGGAAGAUGCAGGUCAAGUGUCCUAGGAAAGGAAUCCUGUUCCUAAUUCACACACAGCCUCUGUGUGGACUGGCGGUGAUCUGACCCCAGCUGUGGCUUGGAGUGGUUAGACAGGAGUGAACCGGUGGUGGGGUGAGAGAGACCAGGGCCCCACCUCCCUCUCCAGGCCUUUGGGAAGCACCCAGGGGAAGUUCACCUGUCCCGACCCCUGCCUUUGAGAUGCACCUGGUGGGCCCGGGCCCUGGGGUGGGUCUGAGCUCCGCUCCCUGCUGCCUCCCACCGCGCCACCGCCCACAGCCUGCUUCCUUCAGUUUGUAAAGUCGGUGAUUAUAUUUUUGGGGGCUUUCCUUUUAUUUUUUAAAUGUAAAAUUUAUUUAUAUUCCGUAUUUAAAGUUGUAAAAAAAAAAUAACCACAGAACAAAAACCAAACGAAUCCUCUGG